CCGAGAGCGCGUCGUCAUCGGCGACGAGCGCGGAUCGGCUCGCGCGUUCUCGAAUGCGGCGUGCUGCACAGUGGUGAGACUGGCGUGUGUGUGUGUGUGACGGUCCCGCGGUUCUCUCGCGUUUCCCGAAAUCCUGAACGACUUCUCGCGCGAGGUAAAAUCAACGUCGUUUCGCCGCGGCCGUCGACAUGUCGGCACUUCCCGCGGAGGAGAAACCCGAGGAGGAGACCGAGGAGAAGGAGCAGCACGCGAGCGAGACUAGCGAGAGUGAAACGUCCAGUGCCACCGCGGCGAAGUCAGAGACGAGUAGUAAAAACACGGACGCAGGGAGUCCUCAAAGUAGGAAGCACAAGCUAUCGCCGGAUCGCGAACAGCCGUCGAAAGCAGCGAAGCACGACGCUGAGGAAGAUGCCUCGUCUAGUUCAAACGUUCCGUCAGAUUUAACGACAUCAAAUAAUGAGAAGAAUAAGGAUGCGACUGAUGUAGACAAGAUCGACAAUACAGUCCUGGUAGCCGAUCAUUACAAUGCCCUCGAGGAAAAGGGCCUCUCGCAGAGAAAUCAAAGCCGUAUCGUGUACAUGAGAAAUUUCAACAACUGGAUUAAAAGCAUGCUUAUAAAUGAAUACGUCGUCAAAGUGAGACAAGGCAAAAGUUUCGGUGCUUCGCUCAGAGUUUUGGACAUGUGCUGCGGUAAGGGUGGGGACCUUCUCAAGUGGAAGAAGGCCAAUAUUUCGCACCUGAUCUGCGCGGACAUAGCGCAGGUGUCGCUGGAACAGUGUCGGCAACGGUACAACGACAUGAUGAAGAAGAACGGCUCCAAGGACAGAGGUUUCGCGCCCAUUUUCAGCGCGGAGUUCAUACAGGCCGAUUGUACAAAGGUUCGUUUGAGGGAGAAGUUCACGGAUCCCAGCGUGCAGCUGGACUUCGUUAGCUGCCAGUUCGCUUUCCACUACAGCUUCGAGUCCUUGCCGCAGGCGGAGUGCAUGCUACGGAAUGCCAGCGAGAGCCUCAAGCCGGGUGGCUACUUUAUCGGGACCAUUCCAGACGCGUACGAUUUGGUUUCCAGGUGGCAAAAUUGCGACGGUAAUAAAUUCGGCAACGACGUGUACAACGUUGAAUUUUUGUCCGAGGACAAAACGAGACCGCCGUUCUUCGGCGCGAAGUACAAUUUUCAUCUAGACGGUGUGGUCGACUGCCCCGAAUUCCUCGUACAUCUGCCCACGCUGUGCAAGCUGGCGCUGAAGUACGGUCUCGAAUUAGUGUCGUUUGAAAGAUUCGAGGACUUUUACGAGCGUUUCAAAGACGAGGGUAGAUCGCUUUUGGGAAAUAUGCAGGCACUAGAAACUUAUCCGCCGUAUCACGAAUCGCCUCUACUCGGCGACGCGGAACGGGACUAUCAGCAUGCAGUUGAAUACAUGCAGAAUCUGCCCGCGAAUCAUCGUAAAAUCGGCACUCUCUCGCAGUCGGAAUGGGAAGUCACUUCACUGUACGCGGUGUUUUCAUUCCGAAAAAUGAAGACGGUUUGGAACAGCGAUGGAAAGCCGGAGUAUGUCAAGCCAUAGUUUCGUAAUAUAGAGAAAAUCGAAGCGAGGAACGAUUUUUUUACUGAUGCAGUUUACUUUAAUUGUACAAACGGUUUUAUUCGUUGUUGUAAUCUAGCUUACGGCAGACACUGUCAUCCGUGUGAUACUAGUAGAGUCACUUUCAGUGCAUUUUAUAGAUAUCGACAAUCAUGUAAAAAAUAUUAUCCAAAUUGCUAAAAAGCUCGAUUAUUGGAAAAUAACAUUUUUUAUUUUGCGGAAAUUCCAUUCGUUAGAAUCGCAAGGAAUUUUUCCGUAUUACACGAAUGAUUUAGAUCAGGAAAUAUAAGAGCCUGGAUUACAUUAAUUUCUUAAACGAGUGGUUUUCAGAUAAUUAAGUAAUGACAGGGAAAAAUGUAUCAUAUUCCUAAUCAAGAAUUAUAUAUAUAUAUAGAUAUAA